GUGACGUGACGUCAACUGUAAAGCGGUAUCUACACUUCCGGUGUCAUGUCUGCACGCACGUGCAGUUCAUGGUAUAUUAGACGAUAGAGGUUUAUUUGAUUAUUUGUGUGUACCAGUUUAGUAGUGCCAUGAUGGUUGGCUUGUUCAGUCUUUCUAAUCAUAGACUGAGUUUAUUUAUAGCGGUAAUUACCGGUAAGUUAUAACUGGCUACCGCGGCAGAAGUAAGUAGUUUAAGAUUCUUUUCCUGGUAACUAAAACAAUGUCACAAACAGCAGAGGAAAAGAGCCGCGGACUGAAAUUCGCUGAGCAACAGCUUCUCCGUCACGGCUGGGAGCAAGGUAAAGGUCUAGGAAGGGCUGAGAACGGCAUCUCUGAAGCAAUCAGAGUUAAAGUGAAAUGUGACAGAGGAGGGGUUGGCCAUAAAGAAGGUGAGCAGUUCACAUUUCACUGGUGGGAUCAUGUGUUUAACAAGGCAUCUGCAAGUUUGGCUGUGGAGUCAGACCAGAAUGAGGUGGUGGUGAAGAAAAUGGAGGAAGAAGAAGAUGGAAUGAUUUCUAACAAGAAGCCUCGAAAGGCCAUGAUGAACAAGUCUAUGCUCUAUGGAUGCUUUGUCAAGUCUGCUACUCUCCUCUCAGGGCAGGAACAGCCUGAACAAACCUCAUCUGACUCGGAGGACAGUAGCUCUGAGGACGAAGAGAAGCUAGAUCUUUCCAGCACCAAGAAUUUAUCUGAUGCAGAACUGAUGAAAGCAUGUGGAGGACGCACUGCACAUAAAGGUGCCAGGCAUGGUCUUACGAUGAGUGCCAAACUAGCCAGACUGGAGCAACAAGAGCAGGAAUUCAUGGCAGAAUAUGGCAAGAAUAAACAGAUGGACCAAACCAUAUCUCUUAGUGAAGCGGCACCCACUGAGCUUAGUUCUGCAUUAGACCAGGGGAGGGCAGAGAAGACCGAACAGAAGAAAGCCAAGAAAAAGAAGCAGCGGUCAGAUGAGCCCAAAGAGAAUGGUGUCCAAGACAAUACUGCGGCUUCAUGGGUGCACAAUGAGGAGAUAUCAAAAAAGCGAAAGAAACGCUCAAAAGACAAAGCAGAUUUAGAAUCGGAAGAUAUAACUGAUAUUUUUGUGGACACUGACACAAAGAAAAAGAAAAAAAAGUCUAAACUGUUUCUGGAAGAGGAAAGUACAGAGAUAGUGCAGGAAGGCGAAGUGGCAGAGACUGCUGAACAUCAGCAGACAGAUGAAAGCAUCUCCAAGAAGAAGAGGAGGAAAAAGAAGAAACACUCUGAAAAGAGCAGCGCUCUGGAGGAAGGACAGAGUAAGAACAUUGUGCUGGCCAAUGAAGAGUCUGAAGAAACUACAGAGAGUCAUGAACAUGAGCAGCAGGAAGAGGGCACUGCUGCACUUCACCCAACACCUGAUGUCUACAAGAAGAAGAAAAAGAAGUCCUCCAAGGCCAAUAAAGUCAAGUAACCAGCUACAGAAAUGACAGCUGCUAUAGUUUAGACACCAGCCCAGCAGAGAUUGUAGAAACAGCGGAUGUAGAAAAGGAACCAUCACAAUCCAAAAAAGGAAAAGCAGAGAAGAGGAACUGGAGGCAGAGACGAUGAAUAGGUCAAUAGAUAAACCAACUGAAAAGAAGAUGAAAAAGAAUCAUGCAGAGUGAUGCCAUGUUGAACUUGGAGGCUGAAAGAUACAGUACUGACUUUCUUAAAUGCUGAUAAAUGACUAGAAACACAACAUAAUAUUUAUGGUCUGAAUAUGAAUGACACCUCAUGAUCUUUUGUUAGAGGAUCUAGCCUUGGUGUUAUUUGUACUGAACUAUGAGUCAUAAUUUUUUUUUUAAAUUAUAAUCUUUUUUUAAUUUGACCCUCCUGUCCUACACUAGUGCAUUUCACAAUUGGAAACUUAGACACACCAGAAUUGUUUUUAUCCAUCUACCAACAAUCAUUGCAUGUAUUGAGCAAAAAAAUAACCACCAAAACAUUUAUAAUUUAAGUUUUGUUGAAUUUUAGUAAGUAAAUUAGUAAAUUUCAAGAAUUUUCACAUCAAAGAUAUUUAUACAGUAAGUUGAGUUACCUCAAUCUGUGCAAUCUGUCCUUUCAUGCAUGGGCCUACUUUAUCAGAGCGAAGAAUUCAUUAUUAUUUGUUAGAAGUAGACAGGAAAUGUAAAAGUGGCUAACUGCUGGCUACAAAACUGCCACUGAAAAAAAAAUUCUCAUGUUUGUUCAUCUUAAACCCUUUGUUGUGAGAAUAUCAUUACUGUUAUAAAUGAAUUCACAUAAUAGUCUUGUUUUUUUGGUCACCUGCCAAUUCUCAUCCACCAGUCAGCUCUCCCCUACUAUACAAUAGCUACUAGUUGGGGAGGGUGAAGGCUAGUGCGUGCUUACUCCAAGACCCAUGAAGCCAGCCUACCUCAUCUUUUCCAACUGCUACUCAUACUGGUUCACAGAGCAGCGCGACAUGCUUGGAGAAAAGUGCUCUUACACAUACAUGAACUCUGAGACACCAACGAUUGCCUAUUGAUAAAAACGAUUGUCAAUGAUAAAAAAAAGUGUACAUCAUCCCUCAUGCCCAGAAGGCACGGACAGUUUUGAUGACUGUGGCAUUUGAUUGGUCUCUUGACCCCUUUCCUGCUUUGCCACUCAGGAGCCCUAGUCAUGUAUUUUAAAGUUUUAUUGAUGGAGUUUAACAACAUCACAAGAGAAUACACACAUACUACAGAUUCAGCAGACAGAUUAAACUGAAUAAAUAUAUUGGAGUAUUCUAGAGUUGUGGUCUACAUUGACUUGGCCAUACCGCCACUUUCAUCUCACAAAUAAAUCUAUUGUACAUGGUGCCCUUCUU